GAAAGAACUUUUAAUCACAAUGCAAUCAACCAAGAACACACUCCCAUUUGCUUUUCUGCUUCUUCUUGUUGCUCUGUUCUUCGUUUUCGCGAAUGGCGAACCCUAUUUUUCUACCUUCAACACACCCACUUCAGGAGAAAAUCAAAGGGGGAUUAAUGAUUUUUCGGAAACUUGGGGAACGAAAAGGUUACUCGCUGAAGAGCAAAAUGAUGUGAAUUCAUCACUUGUGUUGGCUGAAGAAAGAACAGCAAGAAAAGAUCCACUCAAUGGUUUAAAAAAAUACAGAGGAGGAUGGAACAUUAGUGAGAAACAUUAUUGGGGUUCUGUUGCGUUUACUGCUGCGCCAUUCUUUAUCAUGGCUUUAGCGUGGUUUGUGAUAUUUGGGCUUUGCUUAUCACUGAUUUGCCUCUGUUAUUGUUGCUGUACACGAGAACCAUAUGGCUAUUCCAAAUUAGCUUAUGCAUUGUCUCUUAUUCUCCUCAUCCUCUUUACAGUUGUUGCAAUUGUUGGAUGUGUUGUUUUAUACACGGGUCAAGCAAAAUUUCAUCAUAGUACAAACAAAACAUUAAAAUAUGUUGUACGUCAAGCAGAUACAACUGCAGAGAAACUUAGGAAUUUAUCAGAUGAUCUUGCUUCUGCAAAGAAAAUAGCUGUAGCCCAAGUGUUCUUACCCGUUCAAGUCCAAUCAGACAUUGAUGAGAUACAGACAAAAUUGAACACGUCAUCUUACGACCUUUCAGAAAAAACUGAAGACAAUCAAGAUAAAAUCGAACAUGUUCUUGAUAUCGUGAGGUUAGUUCUCAUCAUUCUAUCUGCUGUGAUGCUCUUCCUGACGUUUAUUGGAUUCUUGUUUUCGAUCUUUGGGAUGCAAUGUAUGGUUUACACCUUGGUGAUUUUCGGAUGGAUUCUUGUCACGUUAACCUUUGUAUUAUGCGGCGUGUUCCUUGUUCUCCACAACGUGACUUCAGACACUUGUGUGUCGAUGAAUGAAUGGGUUGAGAACCCAACUGCUCAUACGGCUUUGGAUGAUAUUCUUCCAUGUGUAGACAAUGCCACAGCUCAAGAAACUUCAAUUCGGAGCAAAGAGGUUACUUCGCAAUUAGUCAAUGUCAUCAACCAAGUUAUCACAAAUAUCUCAAAUAUUAAUUUCGCCCCAAAUUUCACCCCACUUUAUUUCAAUCAAUCUGGGCCGUUGGUUCCACUCCUUUGCAAUCCCCACAGACCCGAUUUCACUGAUCGAGUUUGUGAUCCUAAAGAAGUCGCGUUGAUCAAUGCCACACAGGUAUAUAGUCAAUUUGUGUGUCAAGUAUCUCCAAGUGGCAUUUGCACCACCACGGGCCGCCUGACGCCGGAUUUCUACAGCCAAAUGGCUGGCGGCAUAAAGCUGAGCUAUAGUCUCUACCUCUAUGGGCCUUUUCUAGUAGAGCUUCAAGACUGCACUUUUGUGAGACAAACUUUCACUGAAAUCUCCCAUGAAUAUUGCCCGGGUCUCCGGCGAUACAGCAACUGGAUAUAUAUCGGGUUGCUGAUGGUGUCACUGGCGGUGUUGCUGUCACUUGUGUUUUGGGUUGUUUAUGGAAGAGAAAGAAGGCACCGGGUUUACACCAAAACACUCAUUGCAAGAACAGAAGUUGAUAAAAGUAGUUGAAAAGUAUGGUGUACUUGAGAGGGUUGUCAAUAGUUUGGUGGUUGUGGGUGGUGGAGGAUUCGGUUGUGCUAUUUUGUUCUUUCUUGUAUGUGUUAUUUAUGGUAGUUAGCAGCGUGUUAUUGUACAUCUUGAGUCGUGUUUGUUGUUAUCUUUAAUUUUAUCUAUUGGAUAUAUUAUGGUUGUUAUCUAGUA